AUGGAGGCAGCCGUGGGGGUGUCAGCUGGCACUCCUGGGGGUACCCCCACAGCUGCAAGGCCUCUUGCUCAGAAGACAUGGUGGAGAAGCCAGGUAGCUCAGAGUCGCUUGCUGUCAGUGGACCAGAGCCUGUUUGAGAACGCCAGGGUGCGCCGCAGGGAGCCGGCCGGCCUGGGAGCCAUGGAGGUGAACGCCAGCGCGGGGGCUGUGCUGGGGGCAGGAGAGCCGGCUGCCGAGGAUGGGGCUGUGGGGCUGGAUGCCUUUCCCCGGCUGGAACCCCCGCCCCCCAUCACCAAGAAGCGCACGCCGCGCGCCCUGAAGACCCCCCAGGACAUGCUCAUCGCUCCGCAGCCGGAGGGGACCAGCACGAGCAGUGGCACCGAGGAGCCUCCCGAGCCACCCACAGCCCACCCUGACCCCACAGAGGAGCAGCUGGGCAUGGGGGACCCAUCUCCUCCAGAAUGCCCUGGGGUCCCCAGCGUGGCGGGCACCCCAGAGCCCAGUGGGGACCAGCCGACCAGUGCCUUACCCGUGCCUGACCUCAUCCAUAAGGGCAGCCGGGAGAGCCAGUGGCAAGUGGGUGAGAGGGCCACUGAGAUAUCAGCCAGCAUAGAGAAGGCCUCAUGGAGACCAGGGCUGGAGCACGAGCCAGCAGGGAGCACAGGGCAGCCAGAGCCACGCAGCCCUGGCUGGGAGGUGGAGGGGGCCCAUCCCGACCUACUGUCCUUUGAGUAGCAGUGGGUAGCUGUGACGGGGGCACCAUGGGGGCUGGCUCUACCCGGCUUGUCUCUCGCUGCCACUUGCCUUUUUGGGAGUGACUGUUUUGCAAAGGGAGAAGCCUCGGGGUGGAAAGAGCCAUUGCUGCCCAGUGUGGGCUCCGGGGAGCCAUGACAACCUGCUUCUCCCCAAAUUUCCAGGAGGGGCACAGCCUGGGGCUUCUGCAGCCGCAUUCCGGGCCUGUUCACCCUGGCCAGUGCCAAACUCCUGUCGUGCCACUGCCACCCUGUCUGCAGCCAGGAGCCUUGCUGAACUGGGGACCAAGGGGGUAGAAGUGCCAGCCUGCCCCAAACCCAUCGGCUCUGCUGGAGUGUGGGAUCCUGUGAGCAUCCCACAAGUGCUACACACUUCCCAUGUCUGCACUGGAUGCCUUGGUUCAGAGGAUUUCCCAGCUUCUGCCCUGUGCUUGCUGAGAUACCCCAUCCUGGGGUACCAGCAGGCUCACCCAGCCCUAGUGCCUGGUGCCAGCGGGCCAGGACUGCAGAUGUGCCCAGGGCCUUCUCCAGGUGCUGGCCUCGUGGUGUUUCUGUGCUGAGUGCCAUCUCCUUGCAGUGGAGCCCCAGAUGCAGGAGACCUGGGCACCUGGGACUGCCCAGCUGCUGGCCAGUGGGUUCUGGCAGGGAGCUGAGCUCUCUGUGAGACCCCUUCCAGCUCCUGCUUGUUUCCUGGUCUCAUCCCAGCCACCAUGGACAGAACUGUCCAGGCAGUUCUGGGCCAGUGUCACUGCUCCCCUUUAUUUCCUGGGGCAGUAGCCUCUGCAGGACGGGGACACACGGAGCCACGUGGUCCUCUGAUACUGCUGGAUGAGUGUUUCACCAUGGAUUACAGGAGGGGUUAGCCAGCCUGGGGACAUCUAUGCCAAUGCAAGGAAGCAGCUGUGAGAUGGAACUUUUUGCUUAGAGCUUUUAUGUGCAUCCUCAUCACAAAGGUGGUUUUCAGAGGAAAAGCUCCAAAGCUCUGGGUUGGGUUGGAGGAACCCAGGAGCUCGUGGAUGGGCCUGCUCACAGCUCCUUCUGGGCCACGCAGGGUGGCUGGGCUGAAGAAAUGACUUCCACCACCCAAAGCCACGCUGUCCCACUGAAGGAAGGAAGCUGUGAGCAUGGAUCCCGUUGCCCUGGGAGCAGCCACACAUGUCCUUGCUGUUGGUGUGGUGAUGCUGUGUUGGCGCUGGGCCCUGCAGCUCUUGGCUCUGGGAAAGCCCUGCUCAAGAGUGAGGGGAUGCAGAGCUGCACAGAGCCCGUGUUCAGUGCUGAGGUGUCCAUGCCCUGUGACAAUGAUCAUGCUGUUAAUGGCCACCUCCACCCUCAGAUACAGGGGGUGUGUAUGUGCUGCCCAGGUCUGCACUGCAAUGUAGGUGUUGAUGGAAAUCAGGACUUGUAGCCCCUCUCUAAAGAACCAGCAUCUUCCAUCACUGUGAUACCAAGGGAACCUUCCCCAUAAUGAAGAGUUGUCACUCACAGCCAGUCCAGUCCCUCUAUUUAUGUUGUCACGGUGCGUGUGUGUGGUUUGGGACAAGAGAUGCAGAUUGCACAAUAAAUUUUUUUUUUCUUUUUUUACCCACUGAUGUGUGGCAUUCCCUUGAUGGGAGAGGACACUGCACAACCCAGGCACCAUCCUGGUGGGGAGCCAGGGAGCGGAGGGGGACUUUGGUGGUGUCGAGAUCGGGGUGGAGAACGUGGCUGCCCUGCUGUGCUUGGCACUGAGGGCACGGGAGUCCUGCCUGGUGUCUGGGCUGAGGGGACUGGGCUGAGGGGUCAGGAUCCGACGGGAACCCCGGCUGGUGUCUGGGCUGAGGGCGUGCGAGCCCCGGGAAGGCUGAGGGGGGCUGGAGCCUGUCUGUGCCCGGCUGAGGGACAGGACCCCGAGGCUGUUGAGGGGACUGGAGCCUGUCUGUGCCCGGCUGAGGGACAGGACCCCGAGGCUGUUGAGGGGACUGGAGCCUGUCUGUGCCCGGCUGAGGGACAGGACCCCGAGGCUGUUGAGGGGACUGGAGCCCGCCUGUGCCCGGUUGAGGGGACCGAGCCUCGGGG